UGCCAGCGGGUCCACAACCAGACGCUAGGGUUUACGAACCCUCCCCUGUCUUCUCGUGCUAUAAAUUGCUUGCCCCCCGAGCCUUCCGCCGCCGCCGCUCCAGAUUCUCUUCGUCCUCCUGCAGCCUCCCUCCAGAGACCAAGUCGCUGUUGUGGUAUUUUCCCUCCAGCCGCCACCAUGCAGAACGAGGAGGGUGCGAUGGUGGACCUCUACGUCCCCAGGAAGUGCUCGGCCACCAACAGGAUCAUCACGGCCAAGGACCACGCCUCUGUCCAGAUCAACAUUGGGCAUGUUGAUGAGAAUGGGCUGUACGAUGGCCGCUUCACCACAUUUGCUCUCUCUGGAUUCGUCCGUGCUCAGGGUGACGCAGAUGGCUCUUUGGACAGGCUGUGGCAGAAGAAGAAGGCUGAGGUCAAGCAGCUCUAGAUCAUUCUCGUAGUUUUACCUGGAACUUGUUUCAGUUUCAUGUCAAUCUAGCUCUUGGAUACAAUGUCUGGUUUCAGUUGGCACUGUGCAAGUUAAGACUUGAUGUCACAUGGCUUGGUUUCUCGUGAACAUGUUUGAGUUUUAAUCUGUGUUGAAUGACUGCAAUAUGCCCCCGCCACUUUCUCCAA